AUGCUUGCUGGCAGCAACAUCGCUGGAACCGGAAAGGACGGCGUGGGAGGGGCCUUGCCGGCCAGCUUUGCCAAUCUGACGAAACUCAAACAGCUCUAUCUGGACAACAACCGCUUCAGCGGGCCGCUGCCGGACUUCAUCGGCUCUUUAACCCACCUGGAGCAGCUCAUGGUGAGCAAGAACCACUGGCAGGGUGCCAUUCCCAAGACCUUCUCCAAACUCAAGAAGCUCAGGCUCCUCGGGCUGAUGGAAACUUCACUGGAGGGCGAGAUUCCAACGUUCCUGGGAAAACUGAGCCAUCUCACAUACCUCUCCCUGUCCAGCUCGCGCCUGCACGGGGAGGUCACCGGGGCGCUCAGCGGGCUAACGAAGCUCAGAGAGCUGUACCUCCAGAAUGCACUGUUCUACGGCUCUGUGGCCGGCCUCAGCACCCUCAAGAAGCUCACCCUCAUUGACCUCUGUCGCAUUCCCUCUUCUCCUCCUCUUGAGCUGCCACUAUGGGUUCUCCUUACUCCUUCGCUUGUACGUGAUCCACUCUUUCUGAACAUGACUCAUAAGAACGACCUCUCUGGCAACUAUUUCUCAGGCCCCAUUCCGGCCUUCCUGCACCAAGUCCAGAAAUUCAACGCAGCUGACAACUAUUUCUCCGGCUCAGCCUCCUCUCUUCCCUGCUCCGACGACUUCUCCGGCUCAGCCUUCUCCCUGGGCGGCAACUGCCUCUCAUCCGUGCCGCCCAACUGCGGCGAGCCUGCCGCCCAGAAGAGCGCAGCCGAGUGCAACAAGUUCUGUGGGUCGGCCACGGCCACGGGGGCGUGCAGCGGCAAGGGCGUGUGCGUGAUGGCUGUGGAUGAGUCGCGUGGCACAAAGGAGUUUGUGCCCAUGUGCAAGUGCCAGGCUGGGUACUGGGCUUCCCACCAGAAGCUGCGGUGCUCCAAGAACAGCACAUGA